AUUAUUUAAGAAAUGAUAAUAAUUCUAGGUUUGUUGAUUUUAUGCGUGUCAGGAUAGAAUGAAGUAAAGGUUUCAUUUAAUGAACUUGAAUCUCCAGUGUCUAACAUUUAUUGGUGUGGAUCAUCUGUUGUAUUUACAAAAGAUGAUGAAACAAUUGAAUAAACUCAUUAGGAGAGCAGAAAAGUGCUGUUCAUUCUUACAGACAAAGGGAAAAUAUGGAGAUCAGCAGAUUACGGGACAACUUGGUUGGAUGAAACAAAGAGUUGGGAAAAGAUGGAACCAGAAAAUAAAUAAUUACAAUUCGAAAGUAUUCAUAUUUCACCAGCUGAUUCAAGGGUUAUAUUCUUUUUUGGUUCAAAUGGUAUUAGUUAUAAAUCUAAGAAUUGUGGUCGAACUUAUACAAGGUUCACACAUUCAGAAGACCUUUAUGAUUUUAAAUUGAAUAAGAUGGAUUCUUAAUGGAUUAUGGCUUUUAAAGACAAACCCUGUGGCAAAAAUGAUAUUAAUUGUAAAGACUUUUAUAAGAAAUCAAUUUAUGUCACUGAAGAUGGAGGUGAAACUUGGAAAUCAGCAUUAAAUUAUGUCAGAGAUGCUGCAUGGGACAAACUCUUAUAAUAUCAAUUAAUCCCUGAUCAAAGAAUAAUAGUGUGUCACAUGAAGGAAGGCAAAUCUGUUAUUUCCUACUCAGAUGACUAUUUUGCGACUGUCUAAACAAUGUAAGAAAAUGCUUUGGGAUUCUUCUAAACAUCCCAUUACAUAUUCGUACUUACUACGGGCGAAGAUGGAGAAACUGGAUAUGAAUUGCUGAUAGCUCCUGCUUAUUUAGAUAAAUUCUCACCAUAACCUGUAUAAUUACCUAUUCCUUUGAAUUAGCAUACAUUUACUAUUCUAGAUACUUCAGAAGGAUAGAUAUUUUUGUCUGUUUCUCAUAAGGAAGAAAAUCAAAGAUUAACUAAUGUAUACGUAAGUGAUUUUAGAGGAUUUAAAUUCACUCUAUCUUUGUUACAUAAUGUGAGAUCUCUUGAUACUGGAAAUUGUGAUUUCGAGAGAAUGCUUGGCAUGGAAGGAGUUUAUGUUUCUAACGUAUUUGAUCAUCAAGAAGUAGAGAAAUCAAAAUCAAGAAGUUCAAUCACUCCUGCCACCCUAGAAUUAUAUAAAAAAACUGUACAAAAUCAAUUUAUUCUUAUUUUUAGUUCAUUUCCUAUGAUAGAGGCGGUUAAUGGCAUCCAUUAAAAGCUCCAGAAGUUGAUUCAAAAGGAGAUGAAAUAUAGUGUUCUGGAGAUUGCUCUUUACACCUGAAAGGAAGAACAGAAGCCAAUCAAAAUCCACUCUAUUCUAGUUAAAAUGCUCCUGGACUUAGUAUUGGUGUUGGAAAUACAGGUCUAUAUUUGACUUAGAAAGAUCACGAAGUCAACACCUAUCUGACCAGAGAUGGAGGUCAUGAAUGGUUUGAAAUCAGAAAGGGUUCCCAUAUGUAUGAAAUUGGAGAUAGAGGUGGUCUCAUUGUUAUGGGUCAAGACGAUAAACCCAUUAAUCAAAUCAUUUAUUCUUGGGAUUAAGGAUUUUCAUGGGAAGAAGUUAAAAUUGGCCAGAAGGAAUUUGAAAUUCAGAACAUAGUCACCGAACCUUCCAAUAUGGAAUAGAAGUUCAUUGUAUAUGGAUAAAGCAGAUCAUAAGAAAAUCAAUUAAAAGGAUAUGUCGUAGCAUUGAAUUUCUAAACUCUUCAUUAAAGAGUAUGCUCUGGUGCCUGGGAUCCAACAAUGCCUGAAUCAGAUUAUGAAUUUUGGAUUCCUAAAAACUUUGAAUCUGGUAAAUGUUUAUUUGGUAGAAAAAUCAAGUACAUCAGAAGGAAAAGAGAGGCUAAGUGUUUCAAUCAAGAGGAAAUUGAUAAAAAGUUCUUCAUCGAAACUUGUCCUUGCAUAGAGGAUGAUUGGGAAUGUGAUUUUGGAUUCUAUAGGAAAAUCGAAGGAGGACCUUGUGUGCCAAUUGCUGAUAAAUUUGAAGAAGAUGACACUCCAGAUUUAUUAAAACCUCCUGUUAAUUGCAAAUAGACUUACAUGAAAACAUAAGGCUACAGAAAGGUUUCUGGAGACUAUUGUUAAGGUGGUAUUGAUCUAUCCCCUAUUGAAACACCUUGUCCAAACACCUAAACAAAUAGUACUUCGUUGAAUAAUACUGAAAUUCCAAUUAAUGAUAUCAAAUAACCUACAAUUAGCAAACCAUAAAUCAAUAACUCCUCAACUUAACUUAAUUCAUCAAAAUAAAAUUCAUAUUUAUGGUACGUUGUAGCCUUCUUAGGUGCUGUCAUAUUAAUUUUGUUCUUUAAGGAUAAAAUCAUUAAGUAGUUUUUAAUUAUAAAUUUUAGUCUAUUUAGCCCUAAACCACCAAAGAAACCCUAAUCCUAUAUGGGAAAAGGUAAUUACGAACAACUGAAAUUAUUUAGUGGAAAUGACGAUGAUGACGAAGCUGGCCUUUGA